AUGGGUUCUGUUACAUACCGCGACGGCCUCGCUAUCCUCCAAUUGAUUGCCUAUCUGCCAUCUUUCUUCGUGGCAGCUUUUCUUGUCUUUCGUCAUGGAAUACGCACCAGCAGUGGUUUUAUUUUCCUCGUUAUCUUCACCAUUGUGCGUGUCGUUGGCGCAGCCUGCGAGUUGGCAACCAUCAACAACCCUUCCACAGGUAUCUAUACUGCUGCUGCAAUCUGCAGCUCCAUCGGACUGUCUCCACUCCUAAUGACAUGCUCGGGUCUACUAUCGAGAGUUAAUCUCUCAAUGUCCUCUCCGGCAAUUCACCCACGGGGCUUUGGAUUGUAUCGGAUCGUCACAAUUGUCGCCUUGGCCCUCACAAUCGCGGGUCUUACAUCGGACAUGAGCGUGGAAGGCAUGGAGCACCCGAACGCGAGAGUCAAGGUCGGCAUGAUCUUGUACGUCGUCUGCUGGGUUGGUCUGUGUGUGCUUCUAGCCAUUCUUUACUUGCGCCGGUCCUCCAUUGGCAAAGGCGAAGACCGUGCUCUUUUGGCCGUAGCGAUCUCGGCCCCUCUUCUGCUUGUGCGCAUCAUUUACGCCAUGCUGAUUUUCUUCCUCGCCAACUCCACCUUUAAUGCUCUGGAUGGGAACAAUACCGCAUCUCUACUCAUGUCCGUGCUGGAGGAGAUCGGCGUUGUCAUUGUUUGCUUGGCCAUCGGGUUUACGUUGAAGGUCCGGAGAGAGGGAAAGGAGGAAUGGAAAUCGGUCCCUCCCAAUGAUAUUGCUUGA